AGAGAGAGAGAGAGAGAGAGAGAGAGAGAGGGGGAGAAAGACAGAGGGGGAGAGAGGGAGAGCGAGAGGGAGCGAGAGGCGAGCCCGGGCGGGCAGGGCGGCAGGUGGGCUCGGGCCGCCUCGCGGGCACAGGUGAGCCCCGGGGACCUGCACAGCACCGCCCUCGGUCCCACGUGGCCCCCCUUCGGUGCCCUCGCCAAGCUACCAGACAAUGCCACAGAUGCCAGGGGAUUGGCCCACAUGUUCUGCAUAGAAGUUGAGGGGGUCAAGAAUGAACUUUGAUCUUUCCUGAUAAUGGUGGUGGAAUGACACCUCGGGACCUGUACCGAAUGCUCAGGGAGUAGCCUAUUUACUGAGAAAAUUCUGAGGUGGCACAGCACUUCCUGUUUUGGCAUCUGUGGCGUCAGACAAGACUGAGCCAAGCACAGGUCUUUACACAUAGUUGACUCGAGCUGCCCUUGGCCAGAAGCUCAGUGCUCCUUGGAAGGAGAAGGCAUCCCAGAAAAAUGUUCCCAACUCAGCUGCAGCCAGACCAAUAGUUGGGGCUCCUGACCAGAUCCAGGGACAGUGGGAGGAGUGUCUCAAUGGAUGCAGCUUCCUGACCAGGUUGCUCUGUCUUGGUUACCUGAGAAGUAUUUCUCUUGCCUUAAUCCCCAUCCAAGGUCCAGGUACUUACUGCUCCACCGAAGUCCAUUCCUAUGCAGGCUAGAACCGAACUGGAGAACCUCAGGGAAGUGAGGGGUGAUGGAGCUGGUGGCUCUCACGCACCUCUGCUCCUGGCGGGAGAACGCCCGGCUCCCUGUCUUCUCCCCAAGCCUCCGGAGCCCAUGUACCUCCACUUAUCCAGCAAGCACAAAACGUUCCUAGAUGAGGAGCCGCUGGUAAAGCGGAGACGGUCCCAGAAGCCAGCGACGGCCUCUGACUCCUACAAGAGGGCAGAGUUGGCUGCCCUUCGCCAAGAAAUGGAGAGUGGCAGAGGUGAAUCUGACCUUGAGAGAAGCCUUCUCCCAGAGGCAGGCCAGAGUAGCAGUGAGGUUUGGGGGGCACCUGCUGGGGAGCAGGGCCCAGGCCAAGGAUCCCUGGUGAGCAUCCGAGAGGACGGGCUGCCUGGGAAGCGCCCUGAGGAGCUCGGAAGUCAGCGGUCAUCCUUGGUGGCCGACAUGGCCAAGGGUUGGCCGCCCUCAAGCCGAAGCUCUCUGGUGGCGGAGCAGAGCAGAGCACCAGCACAGGAAGCAGCCAAAGGCCCCUUCGUGGCCGUGGUUGGGAUCACCGAAGCCGUCAUGGACGGCGGAGCUCCCAUCCAGCUGAUUCCAUUCGCUCGAGAGGAGAGAGCUGAGCAUAGACGGGGGGCAGAAGACCGGAGCCAGCUCCGUGCCAUGCCCAGCAGUGAGAAGGGGGAAGCUGGGGAUAAUGGAGCUCUGAGUCAGCCCAAGGCCAAGGACCAGAAGACUGAGAGACGACUGGAAAGCAUCUUGUCAGAAAGGGAUCUGCUGCAGCAGAAGGUUCAAGAGCUAGAAGAGGAGAAGAGCCAUUGGCAGACCGAGUUUGAGAGAACCCAACAUGAACUGAUGACCCUCCGGGCCCGAGAGAGCGAGAGUUUGUACUGGAGCAAGAAGCACAUGGGCUACCGCCAGGCCGAGCUGCAGGUGCUCAAGUCCGAGCUGGAGAGAACCCUGGAGGAGAAGACAGAGCUCAAGGAGCGGCUCAAGGCCACAGAGAUGCGCGUGGAGGUUCUGCGCCAGGCUCAGGGCUCCUGUCAGAGCCUGGAGGGAGAAGAUAGGAGCACCCUGGAGAAGCUGAAAAGCCUCCGGGUGAAUGUCAGCCGCCUGCUGGCCUCCAUUCUUCCUCACCUGGAGCUGGAAGAGGUCAACUUCGAGUCUGAUCAGGUGGAUGAGAUCCUGCAAACUGUGUUAGAGACUAAUCACAUCCUGGAGUGAUCGGCGACGGCUCCCACGCCGUCGCUCGCCUUCCCUGCGGUGGCCGCCUUCUUGCCUUACGUGUACAGAAUUAGUAAUAAAUGACGGCUGGUGAUCUUG